CCGGGUUGCGCGAGUUCCGCGACUUUUUGGGCAAAGCACCCAGCGAGAGCGCUUCUCUGAUCCACUCCAUCCAAAUUGCUGCCUGGCCUGCUGCAGCUUCCACGCGAGUUUCAACGCAAUCCGUGCAUCCACUCGUCUUUUUCUCUCUAUCUCCCUCACAACCCCAGAUCUGCGACGCCCGAGGGUCGACCAAGCACCCUAGAAGGCUUAGAACCGCCGUGUAGCCUCCAGUCCCCGUCCCUCCUCCGUGCAAUGGGUGCUAACCCUGCACAUUCCUGUGACUCCCGUGAGCCCAGAAUACUCCGUUCAGCUUGAUAGCCGAGAACCAUUCCACGGCGUGCAACGCGCUCGCACAGCCGUCGGAUCUACUUAUCUAAUAAUCUGUCGAUCUGCCCGUAAAUGGCCUCUGUGAUCAGCCCCUCAACACCGUUCCAGUGCAUGCAACCUCCCACUAACAGCCCAGGAUCCCUCACAGGCAGCCAUAACGCAACCACCACCAUCACCGAAUCUCGCACCAUCUCUUGCGCCGCGACGCCGCGAAUCAAAUCCAUGUCUUCGCCGCUUAGCAACCGGCCAUCUAGCUCGUUGUUAACGGAGGCGAUCCCUCCGCCAGCCGGCCCGACUAAACCGUCAGGACUCGCCGGUUCCCAGCCCCCCAUUCCCCAGUAUUCGUCAUCCCUUCAGCAGAGUCUUCCGCAGAAAGCCCUUCCUAGGUGGGACAAUCAAGCGCAGGCGCUGCUGCUGCAGUCUAAGUCUCCGCCUCUGUCGCCCGCACUCGCCGCGAUCCCGAGCGCAGCCUCCCCGUUCUCCCCGCACACCCCCCCCGUGCCGAAGUUCGCGGCGAGCAAUGCGGCUGGUCGGCCGCAGCUGCCGCAUCUCGCGCUUCCCAGCCCGGAUCCGAGCCCGGCGAGUGUCGCUCGGGAUCAUUGCAUGGCGGAAUGCGACGACGAAAUGGUUACCGACGCCGAGGGAUGCAGUUCGCAGAAACAGGCGACUUCGCCUGGAUCAACGACGGCGCCGGCGGGAGGGGAGAUCCAGCAAACGUCGCCGGCAACAACCGCUGAGCCAAUUGACAGCGCAAGCCCCAACGGCAAGCGGAAGCGGCAGGCCGACGCUAGCGACUGCUGCGACGCGCAUUCACCAGCGGCCCCGCUUGCUGCGUUCUCGGCCGCGGCGGCGGCGGCGGCGGUGGCGGUGGACGCGGUGGCGGCGAUUGCGGGCGCACCAGGAGAAGGCGGUGCGGGCCUGAGCGGUUCCAUGGACACAGGAUCUGACGGCCUGUUGCCUGUGGAAACUCCCACCAGAGACUCCGACGUCAAGCCGGCUCCGCUCACGGAGUCGCCGUCGCCAGUGCAGCUAGCGCCGUGGCUUCCCUCUCAUGCCCUUCACUCGCACCAUCCCGAGCAGCAGCAGCACCACCAGCAGCAGCCGCUGCAGCAGCCGCAGCAUUUCAACAGCAACAGCGCAGCACCUCAAUGCGCCGACGGCCCUCUCUGCACCUCCUGGAAUGCCAAGAAGAUCUGCAGCCAACCGCCGCUACAGCCGCCGCUGCAACCGCAGCUACAGCACCAGGCGCAACCGCUCUGCUCACCGCUGCACCAGGCGCAACCACACCAGCAGCCGCUUCCGCCUCUGCCUCCGCAGCAGCCGAAUCCGCAGACGAAUCUGCGGUCAAAUCCGCCGACGAAUCAGCAGUCAAAUCCGCAGCAGACUCCGCAACAGCCGCAGCCAUUCACCCCAGCGCCGCUCCCACCCGCGGCUAGCGGCGAGGGGCGGUGGAAUCACGACCAGGCGCGCCCCGUCGCGGAAGCUUCCGCCCCUCCCCUUCCGCCUCUCUCGGAAAUCCAGCAACAGCCAAUGCUCGGCGUCAGCAAAUUCGGCGGCGGCGGUGGCGGCGACUAUCGGGAAAUACGACCGUCUCCAGCGGCGCCGGCGGCGGCGGCGGUAUGCGCUGCUGUUGCGCCUACUGCCGCGUCGCCGGUGGUGUGCGGCACGGCGUCGCCGUUGCUCGCUGCGCGGAGCGGGAACGCACCGGCGGCAGCAGCAGCAGCAUCGCCACCACCAGCAGCAGUGACAGCAGCAGGAGCAGCAGGGGAGGUGUCUCCAGCACCCCCCGUCCCCCUAGUCUCUCUCACCGCCAGCGCUCCCACUCCCACCGCAUCUCUCGCCGUCAGCAAGCCGCCCGUGACACCCGGCCCCACUGCGCGAUCCGCGCUGCCCACUGUCGACGAAGCCGCAUCUCCGCCCAGCACCCAGAACCCCCCCCAGCCGCAGCAGUCACAGCUGUCGCAGCAGCAGUCGCCGCAGCAGUCGCGGCAAUCGCGGCAGGCGCUGCAGCAGAUGCAGCCUCUCGACAGAACUACCGUCUCCCGGCAGCCGUCCACCAUCCGAUCGCCUCUCCAGCGGUCGAUCUCAUGCUCCGGAGUGCUCUCCGCCGCGCCUCCCCCCUCCCCCCGCUCCCCCAACCAGCUCCGCAAAUCUGGGAGCUUCGCCACAACCGCUUCCUCCCCGCGCCUGCUCCCCCUCGCCCCGCGGAUCCGGCAGGUUCUUCCGACCGCCAUGGCGCCACAUAUUCUUUCCCCCCCUGGCGGGGCGAACAUGAUACCGCCGGUGGGGCAGAGAGGGGCUAAGAUUCUGGGGCUCAUGGGGCUUAGCAUGUCGCCCGGCGUGCUUUCCCCGCUCGUCGCGCGUCCCCCGCAGCUGGGGUACGGCGUCCCGACGCGCCCGUCGUUGUCGCCGUUGCCGCUAUCGCCUGCGCCGUCGCCUGCGCCGUCGCCGGUGCUGUCGCAGCACCUUCCGUCGCAGCUCCCGUCGCAGUACCUGUCGCCGCAGCAGCAGCCGCUGCAGCAGUCGCAGCAGCAGUCGUCGCCGCUGCUCACUAAGUCGCAGAGCUUCUCCGUCGCGCCGUCGUCGCUCAAGGCCAAGCCCGCAAUGCCCCCCAAGAAGGGCAACUUCAAGCGCAGUUUCAGCGCGCCGCGCCUCGCGCUCACGAAAGACGUCCUCCCUCCCCCCGACGCCGCCCCCCCGACUCCCUCCGCCAUGGACGUCGACGGCGGCGGCGGCGGAGGAGUCGACCGGCGCACUGCGCAACCCCAGCGUUCCCCCUUCCCUCUCCCCCCAAAUCGGCGUGCCCCUGUCCCCCGCGCCGCUUCCGCGUCCCCCCCCCCGGAUUCCCUUGCGCCCCUCGGGUCUCCCGCCCAACCGUCCCCGGCCCAAGGAAGCCGAGCCAGCGUCCCGCCAAUGACGUCGGCGGCGGCGUCCCCGGCGGCGCUGGCUAUGGCGGUGCCGCCGCCGCCACUUGCGGCGAUGAUGUCGCCUCAGCUGUUGCCUGAGGGGCUGGGGUGGGUGGAGCGACUAUCGAAUAUCGCGCACCGGAAGGUCAAUGCCUUAUCCGCCGCUAAACCCGCCGGCGUCGCCCCCGCUGCCGCCGCGAGCCCCGCGGGGGGCGGAAUUGGCGGGGCGGGAAUGGCGGGGAGAGGCGCGGGGGAAACCGGCGGAAGGGGAGGGAGGUUGAGCUGCGCGCCAAGCGAGUCAAACACUUACUUCUCGGAAAACGGACCGAGUGUUACGCCUAGCGUGAGUGGGGCUCCGAGUGUGACCUUGGGAAUGCCGAGCCAGAUGCAGACGAGCCCGUCCGCCGUGAGCCACUUUAUAGGAAACGCCAAUAUCGCGGAUGGGGCAACCCGCGGGGGAAACCCGGGGCACGGGGUUGGGAAGGAGUCUGGUAUGUGGGGAGUGAGUGAGGGAGGGGGUGUGAGCUUGGAGGGGGGAAGCCCGGGAGGUAUGGACAUGGGUGGGGGGGUGUCGUCCCCGUAUCGAGGAGGAAACAUGGGGGGGCAGCAGAGGGGAUGCGGUGGUAACAUGCAGAACCAUGGCUUUCAGCAGCAGCAGCAGCAGAUCCAGCAGCGGCAACAGAUGCCACCGCAGCAGCCGUCUCAGCAGCAGCAGCAGCAGCAGCAGCAGGCGUUGAACCAUGGCAACCGUCCGAUUCAGCAGAUGCAGCAGAUGCAGCAGCAGGGGUAUGGGUCACCCAGCAUGCUCCAACAGCAGCAGGGGCAGCAGCAGGUAGGCCCGUCCCCAGCACCACCGUCGCCCAUGCAGCUGCCACCAUCACAGCAGCAGGAAAUGCAGCAGCAGCAGCAUCAGCAGCAGGUGCAGCAGGUCCAGCAGCAGCAGCAGAUGCAGUACUCGCCUUCUCCAUUAAGCAGGCAGCCUUUUCACGCACAGAGCUCACCAAUGGGUGCGGUGCCACAGUUGCUGCAGCAGCAGACGCAGAUGCAGCAACAACAGAUGCAGCAGCAGCAGCAGCAACAGCAGCAGCACCAGCAGCAUAUGCAGGAGCCGUGCCAGCCGCAGCAGUUCGCACAGCAGCAACUGCAGCCCGCACCUGUUAUGCAGAGCCAUCCAGACCAGCAACAGAGCCAGUACCACUUCCAGCAGCAGCAGUACCAGCAGCAGCAGCAGCAGCAGCAGCAGCAGCAAGAGAGGUCCACUAUGCCUCCUCCUGCAAACUCCGCUCUUCCACGCUCCCAGUCAGCCUCUCUUCUCAACCAUCCCUCGUACCUCUCCUCCUCCCUCCACAAAUCCGAGUCUGUGUGCGACAGCUCCUACACCUACACUCUCAACCCCCCUCACUCCCACCACCAGCACAGCCAGCAACCUGGGGACCCUCUUGCUACGUCCGCUGCUGCUGCUGCUGCUGCUGCUGCUCCCCUCUCUUCUGCUGCUGCUGCUGCUGCAGGUGCUGCAGGUUCUGCCCCCCUCGGGUCCGUUCCUCUCUCCUCCUCUGCCUGCUUCGCUACAGCUGGCCCCGUUACAAGCAGUGAGCUCCCUCGCUGUGGCAGCACCUCUGUCGCUCCCAUGUCAGCAGCUCCCCGCCCUCCUCUCCCUCCUCCUCCUGCUCCUGCUCCUGCUGCUACGACUUCUCUUCCUCCUGCUGCUGCUGCUGGGUCUAAGUUUUACUGGCAGAGGAAUGACGCACAGGGGCAAGGGGAACCCCAUCAAGCCCAGAUAUCAGCUGCAGGAGGCGCACAAAAUGCUGCUGGCUCUCCGCAGCCGCUCUCUGCUGCCCCUGCUGCCGCUGCUGCCGCCGCUCCUGCUGCCGCCACUGCUGCUCCUGGUUCUCCUGCGUCUCUUCCUCCUCCUCCUAUUGCUUCUGCAGCGGUUGGUGUGGGCAAUGUUCCGUACCACUCUGGCCCCUACUCUGGUGCUCCUACCCCCUAUCCCAUUGCUCCUGUCCCUCCUCCUCCUACCGCUGCUGCUCUUGCUCCUGCCUCUCCUGCUACUCGUGCUACUCCUGCCUCGCCUGCCUCUCCUGCCUCUCCCGCUCCGCCUUUCUCAGCUAUGUCAAAUGCGCCCCCGGCCUGCACCCCCCCAACUCUUCCCCGUCCCAGCCACUUCCUCCUCUCCCCCGCGCCUCAUCCCCAAGCUGACGUGGACUACAUGAUGGUGGGGGGCGCGGAGAUGGUGGGUGCCACGUGGACGGACGCGGGGCUUGCUACUGUUCAUGAUCUAGAGUUACAGGAACUAGAGGUGUUGGAAUGGCUGCCGGACAGUGAUGGGGGCAUGGGGGGAAUGGAGGGUAUGGAUGGCAUGGGGGGCAUGGGGGAAGAUGACUUCUUCUCCCCCAUGGGGAUGGGGGGGAUGGGGGGUAUGGGCGGAAUGGGAGGGAUUGGGGGAAUGGGGGGGAUGGGGGGGAUGGGGGGUAUGGGCGGAAUGGGAGGGUUGGGGGGGAUGGGGGGGAUGGGGGGAAUGGAUGCAAGGGAUGCAGGAGGGUUUGUGGAGGGUGGAGGGAAGGGUGCCAUGGCUGUUGAUUGUGAGAACGGAGGGGGGAAGCAUAUGACUGGGCACCAGGGGGAGAAGGAUGGAAGAGGGGGAGUGGGUGGAGGGGGUGGGGGGGAGAUAGGGAAGAGGGACGAAUCACAGUGGAACGCUGGUGGGGACGGGGAUGGACAUGGUGAUGGGGAUGGCGAUGCGUUUGUGUGCGCAGUGGGGAUGAGGGGGGGCGGUGAGAUGGAAGGAGGGGAGGGUACGGGAAGCAAGGUGGUGGUGUGUAAGUCAGGGAGCAUGCUGCUGAGUGCUCCAGCUUCAGCAUCUAUACUCGAGGCUUGUGCUGCGCCUGCCGAUUCAACGCAUGUUGGAUCCACUGCGGUUACUCGUACGGGCGUUACAGCAGAGCCUGUUGCUACAGUCACGGCUGAUGGACCGCUGAAGGAAUACUGCCGAGGAGAGGCAGAGCAGGAAGGGACAGCGACAGCCGAUGCUGCGGCUCCUGCUGCUGCUGCCGCUGCUGCUGCUGCUGCUGCUUCUCCUGAGGCUCUUGGUGCUGUUCCUGCUGCUGUCUCUCCUGCACCUGCCGCUGCCCCUCCUCCCGUCUUUGCCGAAACAGUAGAUACCGGGGCAGCAGUUCCCACCGCCACUGCUGCUCCUGCUGAUCCGUCCACCUCCCUGCAUGCCGCGAGUGCUGGCGAUGGUGCAGGAGAGGGUAGCGCCGGUGGCAACAGCAGGGGUGGUGGCAACGGCAACGGCAACGGCAAUGGUGGCGGCAGUGGCAGUGGUAGUGGUGGCAGGAAUGGUGGUGGUGGGGGGGGGGAGGAAGGGGGAAGGACGAGGAGGAGAUGGCCCAUCUCCAAUGCACAGAGGACGUGGUGCAGCUGUGGUGUCCCAUGAACGAAUGAAACAGGCAAACGAAACUCCUAAUUCUGAGGACUACGGGGCAAGGGGGCGAGGUGGCUCGUGGGGUCAUGCUGGCUUGCUGGCCGGCUUGUGGGCUUGUGACCUUGCAGCUCCUUGCUGCACCUUGCUGCCUUGCCUCGCCGUGCCUGGCCCGGGUUUCUACUGUUUCAGCUGCUGCAUCCAAGAAGCUUCUCCUUAACGGGGACACAAGUCUAUACUGCAUACAACUGACAACGGGCACACUGGAGCCGCUGCUGCUGCUGCGGCUGCUGCAGCUGCGUUGGUGCGUAGUGGCGUCUGCGGCGAGGGGAGCCCAGGGGGAUUGGGGAGGAAAUAGGGGGGAGGGGGGAAGGGGUGAUAAGGGGAGGUAGGGGUGAGCAGGUGAGCAACCCCCAGCAUCAGUUUCAGUCAUGUGGUUGCAUUCUGCGUUGUGGCUGUGGUGGUGGCAAUGGCGGUUGGGCUGGUUGCAGUGGUGGCAGUGGCGCCUAUGUAUGCUAAUGCUAAUUUCACUAAUCUGUCGUCGUCGGUGGCAGAGCAACCCCAGGUUGCCCUGGCCUUCAUUUCCUGUCUGUCAUUUCUUUCUAUCUUGCUUUUUAAACCUUUGGGUGGGAGGUGGGAAGGGGAUGUGGAGGGGGCGGAAAGGGAAAGGCGGGAGGUCCUGUGUUGUGUCUGAUUGGGCGCAAGGAGGACGGGUGGUGCAUGUUGUUGUGGCCCAUAGAGCUAUGUUUGAACUUUGAUACUUCGGACUCUCAGCCUGAGUUUGAUGGCCGAUCCGUCAGAUGCACCAUGAGUUGAUGUUUCUCCUCUCUUUCCUCCUGCCGUGUGUUUUAUUUGGGGUUGGGUGGUGGUGGGUAGCUGACUUGGACUGAGCCUUUUGAUGUGGUUUCCUUAAGUUGGCGCUGACUCUUUUGGGUUUUGGAUAAAUAAUUAUUGGAUUUCUGG